AUGGCUGAAAAUGAUUAUCUCAUCCCCAGAGGUUCAUAUGCCCACAAAGUCGCUCUCAAAGGAGGUUCAGAUCUUGAUGUAGAUCUCAUCUUGCCACGUUCUUUUGCUACUUUGGAAUCAGUAAAAGAUGAAUGUGAUUCAUCAGAUGACCCUUUGAAACCAUUUACAAAGCUUUGCCUAAAAAUAAAGAGUGCACUAGAAGUUUCCAUAAAAGGAUUGCCAAAUGAAGCUUGGGGAGUUCUCGUGUCAAUACCUGAAUCAAAAGGAGAAGAAUCCACAAGAAGUAUAAAAUUAACAAUUCAACUUCAUAACACAAAUGUCAAUGUCCAUUUAUUCCCUAAGCUACUAGACAAAGAUGGAAAGAUUUGCAAUAUUGGACCAAAACAAAAUGAUGGUAGUCGAAAUUGGAUUAGAGGGGAAUACAUGACCAUCUAUGAUAUGCCCGAGCUAACUGAUGAAGGAUUGGCAGCACUAUUACUUUUGAAGCUUUGGAAGAAGAAUGACCUCUCUGCAAAUCAAUAUGCAGAUCAGAAUCAAUCAAAUGAGCCGUGUAAGAGGAUAGUUUUCUCUCGGUUCCUAGUUUCCGCAACUAUCAAAUCAAUGGUCGAUUACUUGAUUAAAGGUUUUAGUUAUGAAAAUAGUGGUGAUGUAAAUUAUGUAUUCGCAACAGCAGGAGUAAAUCCAUUCUGGAACUCUACUGAUCACGAAGAAAGAGCACUAAUAGUUGCAGCAUUAAUACAGUUUAAGGAACAGUUUGAUAUAUUAUCGCCACAAACACAAUUAACAACAAUUGAAAUAAUAAAAUAA